AUGCCGCAGGCGGACUAUCUUUACGUCGGGACAGGUCGAGACCCUUCACUGUCGACUGUCCCUCCAUGCUCGGGACCGCAGCUGGACCUUCAGUCUCCGGCUUCGACUCUUCGUCAGCAUCUUGAUCCUGAGGCUCUUCCAAGACCGGACUACUUUGACUCUCUGGACGACCUCCACCUGUGGCAUCAGAUGAACUAUGGAGAUAAUCUUCAAGACAAUCUCGAAUCAUGCAGCCAGCACAAUGGUCCGCCCGUAGCUGGUUGUGAUAGACCAUCAAGCCCAACGAAGGCUACACCAAAGCUUGUUGUAUGUCACGAUUUUCAAGGUGGUUACAACGAAGACCCUCAACAGCGAGGCUACUCUUUGGAGCACCUGCAUCUGGUUGACACUUUCAUCUACUUUUCGCACAAGCGAGUCAGUGUUCCUCCUGUUGGCUGGCUCACAGCUGCAGCGAGAUCAGGCACCAAGGUUCUCGGCAGCUUGUUAUUCGAAUGGGCAGAGAGCAUUCCUGACAUGGCACGGCUUCUACGAGGUCCUGAACGCAAAGCCAUGCCACUCCGAGGAGAGCCUUGCUUCUCUCCACAAUACGCUAUCGAGCUCAUCGGGUUGGCUCUCGAACGCGGCUUCUCAGGCUAUCUUGUCAAUAUCGAAGUCGGGCUAGACCUUGGAUUUAGCUGUUCAGGGGAGGCAUGGCCAGCAUGGGUUGGCGAGAAGGCUCGAGUUGUCGAAAUGCACCGCAAUGCUGAGCGAUUACGCGGAUGGGUACACUAUCUGCGCGAAGAAGGCACAAGACGUUUCAUCGAAGCAGGCAAGGAUGCGGAUGAAUGGGAAGUCAUGUGGUACGAUUCCAUCGUUUACCCACACGGUCAACUCGCGUGGCAAGACGCACUCAAUCAACACAAUAUCUCAUUCUUCCAAGCUGCACAUACCUUCUUUACCAACUACACAUGGGCAAGACCGCCACAGCCGCUUCCUCCUGGUCAUCUCGUCGAUUUAGAUGAUCAAAACCCUCAAAUACUCCAGCUUCGAGGAUUCGGCCUGACAGGCCCAGAUGAUGGUGGUUUUCAUCCGCAGCUGCUUCUGUCAGCGGCGAUGGUAGAUAGCCUCAAUCGUUUGCGCGAGGACGUCCACGUUGGUAUUGACGUCUUUGGUCGGAACUGCUGGGGCGGGCUUGAAGCCUGGAGGUCACUAGACAUGAUCGGGCCGCAGAAAACAAGUCAAGAAGCUUUGGGAUUGAGCGUGGCACUCUUUGCUCCAGGAUGGACGUGGGAAGAAAAGAAUGCAGGGCGUGAUCUCGAGCCCUCGCUGGCAGCGCAGACGCGACAGUGGUCGGACUGGUGGCACAUCGACUCCGCAUUCUGGAUCGGCCUUCCGAACAACCCCGUCCCCAAUCAAUAUCGCAUCACUCUGACAGCCAACGACGUCAAACCCUUACAGUCUUACUUCAACCGCUCUAGUCUUACCCUCCGCCGCCGCCGUCGGCGUGCUGGCAAGGAUGGCUUUCAUACAAAUUUCAGCUUCGGCUCAGGAGCGAGCUGGUUCGAUAGGGGCAAGUGCGUCCAUGACUGGACUCAACUUAAGGCUCCAAGCAAAGAGACGGAGUCGAUGGCCGGCUUCACCGAUAUGGGAGUAUGUAUGCCCAAGCCAGACUUGCUCUACACAAGCUGGCACGAUGCCGAGAAAUGGCCAGGCAAAUCACGUCCUGAACUAGAAUCGGUAUCCUGGGCUUUUGAUCAGGAGCGUGUCUGGUCAGGUACCACAUCGCUACUCGUAAGCAUGGCUACGAACAAACUUGCAAAGACUUCGUCGGUACGAGUAAAUAUCCCGCUCUGUUCUGCGGUGAUCUCGGACGGCCCGCAACAUGCAAAGGGAGAGGGCGACAAAUGGCAAUACACGGUCGUGUACGACACAAGCCUCAUGAAUGCCGCCAACCUCGAAACGAGCGUCGUUCUUGCUGACUCUUGCAACGAGGAGACACAAGCGCAUGUUUCGUUGGGCGAUGUUGUGCACCGCGACAUGGGACACGGUUGGAAGGCGGUGACCGUACUUAUUCGAUUGCCCCAUUUAGGAGACAGACAAGGUUCGGAUCCACUGGCUCUCAGUCUUGGCUUUUCCGUUGCUGUCGAGUCGAGACCAUUUGCGCAAAUUCGCAUCGGAGCGCUGCAGCUAUGCAAGGAAAUACAAUCCGGCUCUCCUGCAAAUAUCACCUCGAGCAUAGAUGUGCGCCCUGCUUCGAAUGUGUACGACUCUUUGGCGAUUAAAGACCAGAAAAAACGGCUGCAAGCAUCAGUGCUCGAUUGGUCCGCGGCGAGGGAUGCCUCAUCUUCUGUGUACUACAAUGUGUGGGUACAGCAACGAAACAAGCCUGACACAAGGGUCUGGCUGGGCACGUCAACGCGUGAAGCAACACCAUUCCAACUUUGUCUACCCGAUCAUCUCGUGAUUCCUCCGCACCUAGCCGAAGUUGAAGAGGAUGGCCUCGAAUUUGUCGUUACUUCGUUGGAUCUUCUUCAGCCCAGAAUUGUAGCAAGGGCCACAGCAACGGUCCUGUAG